AUGAAGAAGAUGGGGCGGCGGCAUCGGCCGUUUUAUCGUGUUUGCGCAACCGACGGUCGUCGGCCGCGUGAUGGUCGUGUACUGGAAGAACUCGGAACCUACGAUCCCAUGGUCUCCGAAGUUGACGCUCGAGCCUUGCUCAACGGCGAACGUGUGGCCUACUGGCUGAGUGUCGGUGCCCAACCCAGUGAAAAGGUGCAGGUGCUAAUCAAGAAGUACGGCCUGGAAGGCACUCACUUGAAAGCCCAGGAAGAAGCCCGGGCCCGACUGGCGAUGCCCAAGGUGGUUCCAGCCCAAGGCGAACCGGCUUACGUACCGCCGAAGCCGGGCGAGAAGGAAGAAGCCGCCGAAGGCUCUGAAGAGCCCAAGGCCGAGGCCGCCACUGAAGAGGCUCCCGCCGCCGAGAGCAGCGAGAGUGCAGAAGCCGCCCCAGAAGUUGAGGCCAGCAGCGAGGCCUCGGAAGAGGGCGAGAAAACCGAGUAA